AUGGCUACCCGCGAAGUUUUGUCCUCCAGGACGGAGACUCUCAACAAAUACCUCAAGCUCGACCAGAAGGGCUCCAUCAUGGCCGAGUACGUCUGGGUGGACGCCCGCGGUGAAACUCGAUCAAAAUCCAGGACUCUUCCCGAUAAAAAGUACAAGCCAGAGGACCUUCCCGUGUGGAACUUUGACGGCUCCUCCACAGAGCAGGCUCCCGGCGAGAACUCGGACGUCUAUCUGCGCCCCUGCGCCGUCUACCCCGAUCCUUUCCGUGGAUCCCCCAACAUCAUUGUCCUUGCCGAGUGCUGGGGCGCCGAUGGCACCCCAAACAAGUACAACUACCGUCACGAGUGCGCCAAGGUGAUGGAGGCUUAUGCGGACCACGAGCCCUGGUUCGGUCUUGAGCAGGAGUACACGCUCUUGGACCACGACGACCGGCCUUUCGGCUGGCCCAUCGGUGGUUUCCCCGCUCCUCAGGGCCCUUACUACUGCGGUGUCGGCAGCGGCAAGGUAGUCAUGCGUGACAUUGUCGACUCUCACUACAAGGCUUGUCUCUAUGCCGGCAUUCGUAUCUCGGGCACCAAUGCCGAAGUCAUGCCCGCGCAGUGGGAAUUCCAGGUGGGGCCCUGCGAGGGCAUCAGCAUGGGCGACGAGCUCUGGGCCGCGCGGUUCAUCCUCGCCCGAGUCGCCGAGGACUUUGGCGUCAAGGUCUCGUUCCACCCCAAGCCCAUCAAGGGCGACUGGAACGGCGCCGGCCUGCACUCCAACUUCUCCACCAAGGAAAUGCGAGUCGAGGGCGGCAUGAAGCACAUCGAGGAGGCGCUCAAGAAGCUCGAGCCCCACCACGUCGCCUGCAUCAAGGAGUACGGAGAGGACAACGACCAGCGCCUGACGGGCCGCCACGAGACGGGCUCCAUCGACUGCUUCUCGUGGGGCGUCGCCAACCGCGGCACGUCGAUCCGCAUCCCGCGCGAGACGGCCGCCAAGGGCUACGGCUACUUUGAAGACCGCCGGCCCGCCUCCAACGCCGAUCCCUACCGCGUCACCAAGAUCCUCAUGACGUCGAUAUUCGGCAAGCUGUAG